AUGUCCGAUCAAUCUGCUCUCUCUUCUGCUGCUGGUGUAGCUGCUGGACACGCCAAGCUAGCCCAAGGUGCCGCCUCAGAAGCGAUCGGCAAUGCGACUGGCAGCGAAGCGUGGCAGCAAUCCGGUGCAGACACGAAAGCGGCCGCUACUCAAGAGAUCAAGCAAGCUGCUCAGUCAGGUCCCGAUGCCAAGGCUCAAGGUGGCGUGACUGGUACGGCCGCCGAGCUUGCUGACAAGGCUUGCCCCCAGACUGGCGACGGCGUUGGCAGCAAGUGA